AUGAUCAUCGGACGAUCUAUCCGCCAUGGCAGUGCCGCCUUCUGCAUGUUGCUGUCAUUUUCGUUUAUCUCGUUUUUCUCUUUCCGCUCCCAUCUUCGCCCCUCAGAAGUUCAGCUAGAAACAGGUUGGAAGACCAUCGAUGUGUACGUUGGGAUCCACGCUAAAAGUCAGCAGAACGAAUGGAAAAGCCAUUCACAGGUUCACCAAGAUGUAGUCGUACGGGCGAUGUUUCCAGACGGAGGCCACUACUUUAUUGACUUAGCAGCAAACGACUGGAGCCAACUCUCCAACUCGCGUUCUCUCGAGACUUACGACGAUUGGAACGGCCUCUGCAUCGAACCUAAUGAGCGUUACUGGAAGGGACAUCUCCAGAGACGCUGUAAACUCGUUGGGGCUGUGGUUGGCAACAAGAACGAGUUAGUUCGGUUCAAGAAGUCGAACGGUGAGCUCGGUGGAAUUGUCGGUGCGCACUAUGAUAACAAAGAUGAUAAUAGUACAACCGGUACAGAAGAAUUGUAUACUGUGAGCUUGCAUGAAAUACUGAGCCGAAUUCAAGUACCGAACGUAAUACAUUACUUCUCUCUUGAUGUCGAAGGUGCAGAGUCCGUGGUCUUCAAGCACUUGCCUUUUGACAAGUAUUCCUUUUACAUGUUCACCAUAGAAAGACCAACCGAGGACAUUCUACAAAUUCUCAUGCGAAAGGGUUAUGUCGAGGUCGGCAUACUCGGAUCUUUUGGUGAUACCAUGUUCUUAAGCAGAGGAACGCCACAUUUUGACUCUGUACUGAAGCGUGCACAAAGUAAAAUUAUGGAAGUCAUAUACCCGGAGCUCCAAGGCAACACCUCGGCUCUCACGCCGCGCAGAGUCCACACAGAAAAAGGCGCUAUCCGAUGUCCCUAUACAGAGCUCGAUACUUGUGGUUCUACCCUGAUGCACUGGCAGGCUGGGGGGAGAUAG